AUGAACCACUCGCCGACGGCGGCUGCUCCGCCGCCACCCGGCUACGGCCUGCCGCCGCUCCCCAGCCUCCCCUGCCCCGAAUUCCGGGGCCCCACGCCCUGGAGCAACUGGAUCAUCAAGGGCCGGCUGCUGGCAGGCGCCUACCCCGCCAGCCUGGACGACGCGGAGACGCAGCGCAUCCUGACCACUCUGCUGGAGCUGGGCGUGAACACGUUUGUGUGCCUGCAGGCCGAGUUCAGCCUGCACACGCCCGACGCGGCGUGGCGGUCGGGCCAGGGCCUGCGCCCCUACAUCAAGGACGCGCAGCAGAUCCUGAUACGCGCGCGGGAGACCCGCAGCCAGCGCAUCAUGCAGGAUAAGCUCGACUUCCUGCACCUGCCCAUCAUCGACGGCAAUGUGACGAGCGACGUGGCGCUGUCGCGGCUGGCUGACGACUGCUGCAUCCGCAUCCUGCGCGGCGAGCGAAUGUACAUUCACUGCUGGGGCGGGCACGGGCGCACCGGCACGCUGGUUGCGGUGAUGCUGGGGCGGCUGUACAGCGUGACGUGCGCCGCCGCCCUGCGCUUCACCCAGGCCUUCCACGACUCCCGCAAGUUCCCGCAGGGGGUGCGCUCCCCGCAGACCACGCCCCAGGUGGCGCAGGUCAAGCGCCUGCUGCCCGACCCGCCCAGCCUCCGCGGCGUGGUCUACCCGCGAGACCCCUCCCUGGUGCUGGAUGAUGGCGCCAUCGUCCGCCCGCCCUCCGCCGCCGCAGCCCUGGCCGCGGUCAAGGUGGCCGCCAGCGGCAGCGCCAGCAGCCGGCAGGGCAGCGUGCACGGCGUGGGUGCCGGCGGGGCGGGCGCCGCCGGUGCCGGGCCCGCGGCCGCCGGGCUGGCAGCCUGCGGCGUGGCGGCUGGCGUGGACAUGGAGGUGGAGGAGGGCCAGGUGCUGCCGCCGGUGCCCAUAAAUCAGCAGCGCAAGGACGCCAUCAAAGCCAAGCAGGGCGGCGGCGGCGGCGGCGGCGGCGGCGCGCCAAGCGCCGCCACCGGGGCGCCCGCAAGCGCCUCGGGCCUCACCCAAGCGCUGCAGGCUGCCAGCCUGGAUGCCCGGGAGGCUGAGGAGGCGGCUGGGGGCCCGGCGCCAGCCCCAGGCUCCAGCCAGCGCACCGAUUGGCUGCAGAGCGUGUUUGACAAGGGCCAGAGCAAGCUGGCUGCGCUGCGGGCCGGCGGCGGCAGCAUACCAGCCACGCACAGCAAGCCAGCCCCUCCUCCCUCCGACGCAAUGGUGCAGCAGCAGCAGCAGCAGCAGGAGGGCGGCUACCUUAAGCAGUACAUGGAGCAGCAGCAGCAGCUGGCCGCCGCAGCGCCGGGGAGCGCGCCGCCCAAGCCCGGCGCCGGCAAGGCGGCCGGCGCCGGCGGCCAGCCCGUCAUCGCUAUCACUGCCUCCAGCAGGGGCCUGCCGCCAGGCGUGGCGCUGUUUGAGGAGGAGGACUCACAGGCCGUGGACAUGCGGCCCAGCAAAGUGACGGUGGCUGUGCCCGAGGCGGGGGCCGAGCGCUCCGCCUCCUCCAUGGCUCGCAUGCUCAACUACUUUUCGGGGCGCAGCACCCCCACCCGCUAG